GAGUUACGUCAGACGUCUUUUGUCAUGUUUACUGUUUAGAACAUAAUCUCUUUUUGGUUUAAAAUUGUUUUAUUUAAAUGUUGAUUUAAUUUCCGUUUUUGAUAAAACUCUCUAGUUUUAUAUAAUUACAGUAUUAAUUAUUUUGAAUUCCUUCUUCAAGAAUGAGCCAACGAAGAACAAAUAGAUCGACCGCAGAUGCCGAAGAAUCUGUGGACGAAGAAGCAGUAACUGAAUGCGUUCGAUAUAUUAUUUGCCGGGAAAGCAGCAAGUUUCCAAUAAAACGAGCAGAAAUCUUAAAACAUUUGACCACCACUACUCAGACACCUGCAAAUCAAGUUAAAAGUGUUCUUGUUGAAGCUAACAAGAUAUUGAAACAGGUUUAUGGCUACAAAUUAGUUCAAGUUGAAGCUAAAAGUGGUAUACAGUAUAUUGUAGUUCUAAAUGAAGAAUGUGAAUCUCUGACUCCAACCUGUAUAGAUCCUUUACAUAGGAGGUUGCUAAUUGCAGCCCUCAUGCACAUUUUCAUGACUGGAGGUCCUGUAAAGGAAGAUGACAUGUGGAAAUUCCUGUCGGAAGCUGGAUUGAUGGAAGAAAAUGACCAUGGAGUCAGAAAGAUUUUAACAAGCACCUUCACAAGGCAAAUGUAUCUUCAAUAUUCAAAGGUUGGUGAUGGUGAACUUACAAGGCAUGUAUUUGAGUGGGGACAGAGAGCGGUAGAAGAAGUACCCAAGCUAUUCCUUCUUAAUAAAAUGGCACAGGCAUUUGAUAAAACACCUGAGCAUUGGUGCGAACAAUAUAAGGAGGCUAUAGAAGAAUCUACCUCUUAAUUAAGUCUGGAUAUGUCAAAAAAGUUCGGAAGUGGUCAAUUAUAAUGUAUUAAUAUGUAAGUAAAUAAAAAAUACCUAAACA